AUGAAAGUAAGUAAGAAUCAACUAAAACGAAAAAGUCAAAACCCAACAAAAAAAAUUUGGAAGAAACAAAACCGCAACAAAUGUCAAUUUAUAACAGGUCUCUUUCUCUCGUUCUCCGGGAACCGUCGCUCUUUUCUAAUUCAACGCGGCAACGGCGAGGUUUGCUGCAACGGCAACAACAAGGCGAAGCCGAUAAAGUCUCUUUCAGAUGUGAUAUUUCUUCAUGCUAGUUGA